AUGGCUAAGACGUCCAGUCAAUCAGAUUUUGAUAGGCUAAUUAAGAUAGUAGAGAAGGUAGAUAUACGAGUAAAGGAAUACUUGGAGUUAGCUGGAUAUGAUAAGUGGUCUAGGAUUUAUGCACCAGUUCAUCGUGGUUGGUCAAUGACAUUGAAUAUCGCAGAAAGUAUAAAUGCGGCAUUAGUUUCAGCAAGAGAAUUGCCAAUUGAUGAUUUUCUAGAGGAAGUUAGGCUGAUGUUUGGCAGAUGGAAUUGUGAAAACAAAAAAGAGCUUUUUCCGUCAACUGAAUAUGUUCACAAUGUCAAUGAUAAAGGUAGAAAUUAUAUAGUUUGUCUUCAGAAGAAAAUGUGUACUUGUGGAAGCUUUCAGUAUGAAGAAAUACCAUGUGAACAUGUUUGGGCUGUUCUAAAGUUCAAGAGUUUACGGCCAGAUGAGUUCUGCUCGAAUUUAUACACACCGACAAUAGUGUUGAAGACUUAUGGUUUUCCAAUAUACCCAUUGCCAGAUAAAACAGAGUGGGUGGUCCGUGGAUACAUAAUGACUGAUUUAGUUCUGCCUCCAGAAUUCAAAAGGCCUCCUGGAAGACCAAGAAAAAAGGCUCGCGACAAAUCAGCAAGAGAGAUGUUUGAAUCUAAGGGGACAAAUACAUGCAGUAUAUGUGGUAUUGCAGGUCACAAUAGGCGUUAUUGUAGAAAUCAGCCUCGGAAAGUUUAG